AUGGCAGCUCCACCUUUCUCCGAGAUUUUUGUCUUCACUGAUGCUCCAGCUAAAGACGCCUAUCUUAAAAACACCAUUAUUGCUCUUAUAGAGAGCACCAAAUCUCAGGGUGUGGCUUCACGUGUAAUGAGUCGAUCCGCUGUCCAGUUAUACCAAGACCUAGCUGAAGCUUCUGGAGGUCAGGCCAUUCAGGUCACUAAGUCAGAACUCUCUCUGGCUACCAGUGUUAUAGUAGACUCAUCAGCCAGUGCUGUGGUGACAGUUUUUCAGGCAGCAAGGAAUCCUGGAAGGCCUGACAAUUUUACUUUUACUGUUGAUGGUUCAUUAAAUAAUGUAACAGCUUACAUCACAGGAGACUCACCUCUCACCUUCAGCCUCACCAGCCCAACAGGUCAAAGUUCAGUGAACUUCAUUUAUAACCUUGUUGAAGAGUCUGUCGGAGCCCAUGGGGACUUUAGUCUUAAGGAAGGACAUCCUCUCUCAGAUGGUAAUACCAGCAUCUUGAUCACUAUGACAGCAAGUGACACAGUAAAGGUCACUGAGUUGUCACUUGACAACUCGGGUUCCACAGAGGUCAAAGGAUCGUUGCAAUGGGAGUUAAUCGCUAAUUUCACUGAUGGCAUCAAUGGAACUGGCAUUGAUAGGGUCACCAUUCGCCAAGGGAAUGGUACUCUGAAUAUCACCACAGCAAUUGGGGCAGGGGGUGACAAUAUUACAGUGGUUACCUACACUGCCUCCUGCUGGUCACACAUAGUGGAGCUGACUGCUUUAGAUGGUGUAGGAAAUGUGGGGACAUUUGUGCAGCAGGCUAGAUUGCUUGACACUGUCACUAAACCACCUCCUGUUACUAGUUCUGUAGUUAAGACAACAUCCACUGGAGAUACAACACUGUCCAUCAUGGCUGUCAAACACACAGUCAUGCUCCUGGUUGCAGUUUGUCUCUACCUACCAGGUCUAACCCAUGGAUUUCAACCAUCCUUCUCUGUUGAUGAAACUCAUCGUAACAUCACCAGAAAGGCAGUUCUCAGAAAGACAGCUGAGGUUUGCCGAGACCUUGCCGCCGUUGAUGGAAGAGACUUCAACUUGAAAAUUGAUGACAACUUGUCAGUUCAGGAGGUGCAAAAGGCCUGUUUCUCCUCAUCUACCUCCACUGCUCCGCUCUCUACUGACAUUUUCCAAACUGCCCUUAAUGAGAUCUACGGUAGCAAUGAAAAAGUGUAUUUCUCAUUGGACAACUUACCAGAGUACCAUUUUCACAGUGAGACCUUCUUGAGAGGACGGGACAUCAUCACAAGAGAUAUGUCUGCCGUGAAGGCUAGUGUGAAGUCGGAGAAUUUUGUUGCUGCAAGAGAGGUACUUGGACAGAUUUGUCACAUAAUUCAGGACUUUUACAGCCACAGUAACUGGGUGGAGUUGGGGAAAACCACUCCUUACUCCGCUCUGAUCAGACCAGAUCAACCACUGCAGAACCUAGCAGAUCCAUCUACUCCAACUUGUAAGAGCUGUACAGGAGAUGCCUGUGCUGAUAACAUUUUGCCUGAAGUGCUGACACAGGGGCUCCUGACCUCAGGCUACUUUAGCACAUUCUCUACUUUAAAGCCUACUGGUAAAUGUAGCCAUGGUGGUCUACGUGACAAGACAAGAAAAAGGGACCCAGUUGGGGGCAUCAAUAAGGAUUCUUCAACAUCAGAUCAUGGCACGUUGCACAAAAAAGCAGCUAAUCUGGCAGUGGAUGCUACUAUGGAGCUGCUGGAGGACAUCAGACUAGCUGCUGGAGACAGGAACUUCCUGCGGUUGAUGGGCUUCUCCCAGUCCUAUGCGCUGUGUUUUGUCAUUGACACCACAGGCAGUAUGGCUAAUGACAUCAAUGCAGCAAAACAAGUUGCCUUUAACAUAAUUGACAGUAACGCAGGAACGCUACAGGAACCCUCUCAGUACAUACUGGUACCUUUCAAUGACCCAGAAUUUGGACCUGUGAUAAAGACAACUGACAAAAACUACUUCAAAAAGGAAAUCAAUAAGCUCACUGCAUUCGGAGGAGGGGAUGAACCAGAGAUGAGCAUGUCUGGACUGCGACUUGCGCUGACAUCAGCUCCACCUUCCUCUAAAAUCUAUGUCUUCACUGAUGCUUCAGCCAAAGAUUCCCAUCUAAAAAGCACCAACAUUGCCCUUAUAGAGAGAACCAAGACUGAGGUGUCUUUCCUGUUGACAAACAUUUUUUUCAGUCGGCGGCGCCGCAGUAUUGAUGGUCAAAAUUUUUCACCUCGUGCAGUGAGGCUAUCAAAUGUCCAGCUAUACAGAGACCUGGCCCAAGCUUCUGGAGGUCAGGCUAUUGUAGUCAGGAAGUCAGAUCUUUCCUUGGCCACUACUGUUAUAAAAGAUUCAUCAGCUGGUGCUGUGGUGACAGUUUUCCAGGUAGUAAUGGAUCCGGGGCGACCUGAUAAUUUUAAUUUUACUGUUGAUUCAUCAGUAAGCAACGUCAUCAUUUACAUCACCGGAGUUUCAUCUCUCACCUUCACACUCACCAGCUCAGCAGGAGUGUCUCAGGAGUCAAGUCAGACUAGUGGUCCUCUGGCAUCCUUAACAACAGUGGGAAACCUACGCAGAAUAAGACUCAAUGCUGGAAAUCAAACGGGUUUUUGGCAAAUCCACAUCAACUCUAACAGUCCCUACUCUAUUAAAGUCACAGGUCAAAGUUCAGUGAACUUCAUCUAUAGCAUUGUGGAAUUACAAAAGGAAGGUGGCAUCAGACCCAAGGAAGGCCGUCCUGCUACAGGUGGUAAUGUCACUCUCCUGGUCACUGUGACAGGAAGUGAUACAGUAACAGUCACAAAGGUCACGCUCUUCGACAGUUCAGGGCCAAAGAAGUUGAUUGGAUCAAUACAGUCAUUAGAAAACAGCAACUUUCUGGUAACAUUCAGUGAAGUCCCAGCAGGAGACUAUGUAGUUCGACUGCAAGGUGAGGACACCAGCACCACAUCCCGGUCUACCUCAGAUACCUUCCAGAGACAAGCCUCCACCCGGAUCACAACAGCUAGUCUCUCUGUUGCUGCACAAGCUGACAGUAUCAACAUAGAGCCAGGCACUAGCAUCACCAUUCCAUUUACAGUGUCUUCAGAUGUAACUGGGACAUUCACAGUGCAAGUCAGCAAUGAUCGCAGCUUUGGCUUCACCUCACCUGGAAAUGUCAAUAUUGGUCCAAGCGAUGGAGGCAAAGCCAAUGGGACAGUAACCUUAAGUGUUCCAGCCAGCACUAAAUCAGGAACAGACGUGACCCUCACCAUUCAGGCACAAAACGCUGCUGCCACUGACAUCAACUAUGCUGUCCUCCGAUUUUCUGUGGCUGCCAAGGGAGCAGAGUGUGGGGAAGAGGGAGAUGACUUAUGCAUCACUGGAGGUCAGGUCACUGAGGCAGUUAAACAAUUCCUUGGUGGCACGGCCCCUGGGGUGGAUGAGGUUCGCUCUGAGUUCCUCAAGGCUCUGGAUGUUGUGUGCUCCAACUAUAAGGAGAUCACACUCCUCAGCCUCCCCAUCAAAGUCUAUGUCAGGGUGCUGGAAAGGUGA